GAUUGAAUGAAAUAAUUUUAUAGGCUUCAUUAACUCCUUGUUAAUUGAUAUAAAACAGAUUAUUGGAAGAUAUAUUUGUUGUGGUUUCUGCCCUUUUUUUUUUCUAUAAAAAACAGACUCAACGUCCAAAAGAUUGCCAAAAGCCCAAAACCUUACCUAGCCAUGAGGUUGUGUCCCCUCCUCUUGCCUGGUGUAGUGGCCUCUGGAACUACAUUUUUUAUUGGGGCCAAUCUUCGGGAAACUGACAUGAAUGCAUGUCAUUUGUACGGCUUAUAUUACGCUAGACUCCUUCAAGAACAGUGACAUUUCCGCCCCUGGAAACCUUAUUUGUGAACCAUUUGCUUGAAUUACCUACCGAGUUAGAAUUUAAAGUGAAUCAUUCCAUACAAAAGAACAGAACGUGUAUGCACGAUAACUUCUAAUUUCGUUUGUGACUUCAACAUUAAGCAACCAUGAUUGAAGAUUUGCUACAAUUGCUGCCAGACUAGCAAGAAAACGACUGUCUUAAACCGACAAAAGUAGGAAAACCGACAUUACAUUACCGUAGCAGUUUAUUUUUCCAGUGGGUAGCUAACUGUUACUGCAAGCUUGCCAAUUUCAAUCUUGCGCGUACUAAUUCUUGUACAAAGACCCUACUUUCAACUUUCUACUAGACGCAUUAAACUAUUUAAUUUCCCCGCAAUUUUUUAAUGCAAAACUGCAACGGUUCUCCAUUUGUUUAUGUGUUUCCAAUGGGCAUUUCCGGUUUAUAAAGUCCACCAAAAAAAUCCUUCAUCAUCCUCUUUGCUUUCUCAUCUUCAUUUACCUGUAGUUUUCCAAAGCCUUUCCUGUAGAUAUCUUCCAUAGCUUUCUCAGGUUUAUCUUGCAUACUCAAGAUUCAAGAGUCGCUUUGUUUCUCUCUUUUGUCUGGCUAGCAAAUUAAUCUUUUUGAUGCUCAUCAACAUCUUGUUAUUGAUGUUUGAAACUCAUGUCUGCUGUACUCAGUGAAAUCCUUCUUUCUGGUUUUACGAUCAACUCUACUCUUAGGCGUAGGACCCAUCUUGUUCAAUCUUUCUCAGUUGUUUUCCUUUAUUGGUUCUACGUGUUUUCAUGAACUAUCUCUUUUUUCUGUAAUCCCAUAACCAGUCCUUAUUUUCUUUAGUUUUUCUUAACCAUUUUUCAUUGAAAAAAAAAAAAAGAAACCCAUAUCUGAUUUCUUUUCGAAUAAUAAAUUCUGGGUCCUGUGCUAUUCUUUUUUCCAAGCAUAGUCCCCUUAUUAUUUCGGUUGUUUUGUUAUAUAAUUGUUGAUGUUAUGGCUACUUCAAGCACCGGAGCAUCUUCAGCUUCAAGCACGCUGAGAAGCUUAAGUUCCGAGGAGGAUUUUCAGCAGAUUUUGGAUGAAAGGAAGCGCAAGAGAAUGCAAUCCAACAGGGAAUCUGCACGUCGAUCUCGGAUGCGUAAACAGAAGCACCUUGAUGAUCUGAUGGGGCAAGUUUCUCAGCUCAAAAAUGACAACAACCAGAUCCUGGCAAGCAUGAACAUCACCACACAGCUUUACUUGAACCUUGAGACUGAGAACUCGAUUCUUAGAGCUCAAAUGACUGAGCUCAGUACCAGGCUUCAAUCUCUAAAUGAAAUCAUUGAUCUUAUAAAGUCAUGCAAUGGGGCUUUUGAAAAUGACAACAACUUUGAUCAGGUUGCCCAUUCUCAUCAUCAGAUCAAUGAUGAUACUUUCAUGAAUCCAUGGAAUCCUUUCACUGUCAUUCAACCCGUCAUGGCUUCUGCUGACAUGAUUAUGUACUGAUCUCCUGGCUUUGUGGUUGUUGAUUAAUGUUGGUUUUUUUUUUUUUUUUACUGGUGUUUUUAGAUGGAGUUGUGAACUCGUGAUCUUUUUUUUUUUUUUUUUUCUUGUUUUACUUUUAUUAUUUAGGUUGUAACUAAGGCAUAAGGUUUGUCUAAUGAAGGGAUGCAUGGAUAUUUGUAAUAACCAGAGAGAAAGUUGGCAAUGGCAUUAGCAUUGGCAUACUGGACUGUACAUUGUUGAAUAGUUGCAAACCCCUUUUGGUUUUUAAUUAAUUUAUUGGUAAUUAUACAAUAAUAUGCUGGAAAGCCUGAUUAAUUAUACAAUGAACUAUAUUAAUGAGUAUAAUAAGAUGGGACAAAAGAAUUAUUUAAAAAUAUAAUACUAACAUUAUUGUCAUAUAUGUAUGGUAUCAUCUUUUGGAUUUCAUGGUUGGAA